CAAGUCCAUAAAUGACAGUAGUUUGACAAAAUAUACCGUUGCAGAUAUAUUCCGCUCUUCGGUGUCUCCACGGAUGCACCGGAUAUGGUCGGCCUUAACACAUGUGGCGAGUCUGCAGAGAUAGUCAACCACCGAUAUAAAGACACAGAUUCAGUCCCAACAUAUCCAAUACUACAAGCCACAUUCUGCAUUUCACAGUUCACACUCAACACUCCAAACUCAACUUCCAGACACUACACCGACCCCUAAACACUCUCACAUCAUGUCCAACCACCCAGUCAUCUACCCUAUCAACCAGACCGUCCUCGCCACCAUCGCCUCCGCCCGCGACCCAACCAAACCAGUCUACAUGCUGAACCUCUGGCGGUUCCGUCCCAACGCAGUCUAUUCCCCCGCCUACGCACACCUCUCGUCGGACCCUUGCACUGGCCGCGAAGCAACAGAGCGGUACCGCGCAGCCAUAGCCCCGAUACUGCCGCCCGGCGCGGCGGUCCAUUUUCAGGGGAACGUGGAGGGGUGGGUUGCAGGUCCUGACAGUGCGGGCUGGGAUCUGGUGGUGAUAGUGAGGUACGAGACAUUACAGGGAUUUAGGGAUAUGGUGGAGGCGAAGAAGUACAGGGAGGAGGUGGAACCGCAUCGAUUGGCGGGUCUGGAGGAGUGGCGGCUUGUUGCGAUGGAUGGGGUUGGUGGAGUUGGCUUCUGAGAUUGUGGAGGAAGGCAAGUGGUGAAUUUGUAGGGAAUGUGUGGGUGGUUGAACCACAGUGCGGACUAUGAUUCAACAACGGUGAUGGGCCUUAGUUAAAAAUUGAUUUACUGCAAGGCACGUCCGACCAGCUACUGCUAACUGUGAGAAGGAUUGAUGAAACCGAGGUCUCGUUUCCCAAUGGAGUGUAUGCGCUUGAAAGGAGUAAUUCAGUUGUAGUUCUGCGGCUUAUUGGCUGCGGUUAUGGUAGUUUGGAUCCUACAAGAGUGCCAGUUGGCUGAUCGGAC